UUCCAAAAUAUGUUACUCAUUGUCCCUCUCCCCUCCUUUUUCCUAUUUAUAUGAAAACAAGUUUUUGCAAAUUUCAGUGAGGCAAAGACUGUUGGUGCAGGAGGCAAUCACAGGAUUAGCAAACUCUCAACAUGGCAUUAUAUCUAAGCAUUCUGUCUGUGUUUUCAGCCCUUGCAGCUACUGGUGAUUCGCUCUCUUGUCAGACCUGCAUUUCCGCCAGUAAAACUCCAUGCCAAGGCAAAAGUCUUCUCUGCCCAUCUGAUAGUGCUUGUGCAGCUACUUACACAUUAACUACUGCAAAUGGCCGCACAAUAAGUGAAAUGUAUACCCUCUCAUGUGCACCUCUCAGACAGUGUGAUAAACCUGCAAGUAUGAGUAUUCCUAAUGGAAAAAUCAAAAGAGGAAUCUCUUGUUGCUUUGAGGACAACUGCACCCCUCCUACACCAACCUUGCCCCCUGAUAACUCUCGACUGAAUGGACAGAUCUGCCGCACCUGCACAUCUGCAGACUCCACCUGGUGUUAUACUGAUGAUACCAUGAGAUGUACAGGAGAGGAAAAUAUGUGUCUCUUGCAGACUACAGUGAUUUCAGGACCUGUAUCAAGCCAAGUAGCUCUACGAGGCUGUGCCACUAAGUCUAUGUGUGACCUUGGAAGCAAUUCUGUCAGUUAUCCUGGGUUUUCCAUGGAUCUCCACUUCUUCUGCACCAGCGGCAGCUUGGGUAUCCAUCAAGGCUACUUCAUGUCAAUGCUCGUCUCCAUCGCCUUAACGACAAUAUUAUGUCGUUCAUUUUGAGUCGUUUUUUUUCUAUUAAAAGCCUGAUGCCUGAUUCAAAAACCGCUCAGUAUUGGUCUUACCAUAUAAGUAUUAUUAUUCAGGUGGGAAACAUUUUUUUUUUUUUGGACAAUGAAUGAUGUAAAGUUGAGGAAUGUGAAAUUUAAAAGAAAUUUUGAAAUUUAAAACAAAUUUUGUGAUCAAUUAUUCCAGUGUUAUGGUGCCCAAUGCAAGUGCCCAGCCAACACAUUUCUGCACCUGCCCAUUUGUUCCCUCCUCAAUGUGUUCCCUUGUGUACAAAUGUCCUGACACAUGUAUCAGUCUUUUCGAAGAUUGAAACAGGCAGAAAGUCGGGAGAACGGGUACGUUCCCAGCACCCACCCACCAUUGCUCCCAACACUAGUGCCCAUACUUCCAACCCCUAGUUCUGGCCCUGCAUGAUCCACCCAUGUUGUCAUCAGAUCUCCUGAUCUUGGUUCUUGUUUCUAUGUAUCUACAUUACUAUGAAUUAAAUUGAUUUAUUUAAUAAUGUAGCAAAUGUAGAAUAGAUGUCACAUCAACAUUUAUCCAAUGUAUGCUAAAGAAUGUUAACUUGACACAAUGUUUGUACAUCAUUACAAGUAUGUAUCCCACCACUCACUGUAAUAAAGUUUCUCUCACUGAA